AUGCCAAGCUCCUUGCAGUUGCGGGCUGAAUCGGAUUGGACCAGCAAACUUACAGCAGCGAAAACCUAUGGGAACUAUACCCUGGACAUUGGCAUUCUUCGAGUUCGCACACUUCUCCUUACUGCCGUGAUGGCGAGCGUCUUCACUGGAGUGACGCUGUUAUUCGCGGGUGAUGGGGUCCAAGUGAGCUCCUUCCAGUCGGGCGAUCUGGACGCUGCGGGGCAGAAGCAACUACUGGACAAGUACAACGGAUGGCUGGGCAGUCUGACGGCGCUGGUGAUGAAGCCGCUCGACGUGGCGCUGAGCAUGUUGAUUGCCGUUGUGUUCCUGUGUAUCGCGACGAAAUGGAGCGUUUAUUAUGAAACCCGCCGCAGAUACCUCAUGAUGGCCGUCAUUGGAGUCGUGGGCUAUUUGAUGAACACCGGCUUCAAUUCCCUGAAUUUGCAGGUUGUCUCGGGGAAAAUUCGCCCCAGAAUUAUCUCGUCAGAUCUCGCUGUGGAGAGCAUUGACGAUGACACUCAGAAGUUGGACGCUAGCGGGUUCUUGACGACGACAAUGAACUCGAGUUUCCGUGAGAAUUCGCCCGGCAACAGCGUCUUCAACACCAUUUUACGCAAUUUAUUCGUGGCGACAGAGGAAGUUCCGACUUGGUGCAACCAUACCGACGACUAUGUGUAUCUGUUCAAAAAUACCGUCGCUACGUACGGCUUCCCUUCACGAUCGUGGCAGCAGCGUGCGCUGUCCAAAGCACGGGAGCCAACGGGUUCGUUGAGUAUGCCGAUGAAUGCCUCCAAGUCCGAGCUCCCAUCGGACGAAGAGCUUCCGAUGAAUAGUUCCAUUGCUACAAACCUCGCAGUGUUCGAUUGCGAUGGCAGAUUACCUGAAUCUGCGUCCGGUAACGCAACUUUUCUAGGUAAUCUGCACGAGGUGAUCGUCAACUACUUCGAGAGGACGGAGAACGCCAGCACAACGGACGAACUGGCCAAGAUGGAGUUCUCCCACGUCGAUUUGGCUGAAAACAUUGCGUUUGACGCCUUCACGAUCGAGAUCCCGACGCAAAAGUUUGGGCUCCAGAACGACAAUUCGUCGAGCUCCAUUCCGUUUUAUAACCCGUUGAAGGCUUACAGCUGCAACACGAAGGCGUGCAUUGUGUCAGACGUGCUCAAAUACGCGAAAUUAUACGACAAUACGUUCGAGACGACUGUGUACCCGCGUGUUCAAGCCCUUGCCAUUUGUUUGAAUGACGCGGGGGGAGAAGACUUGGUUGUCGAUUUGAGUUACUAUCACUCGAACCAGAUCUUGCAAGCAUGUACGCAGCGCUCGGCCACUUCCAUGAUCAUCGUCAGCGUUGGGAAGCGCGUUGAAGGCGACUCAUUUGCAGCGCCUGACACAGAGGCUGAUGAUUUGUGGCUUACAGCUAAACAACUCACUAAUGCUCGUAUGGUGUACUCUCUCACGGAUCUCUCUGAUGUGUAUGGCGCCGAAUGUGCUAGUGAUGGAGGCUGUUAUGGUGUUCGGUUCCCGCUGGAGCAAGCCGCCAAUUCGAGUACCAAUGCCAUGCUAUUGGUUAGCAGCACCAGCAUCCCGAUGAGUUCACUCAGCCCCAUCAAUAUGAAUGCAGUCGUGUACUCGGUGGGGUCGUCGCAGUGGAAAAUAUUGGCUUCGACACUGGAGGAGGCGAGAGGGGCCGCGCUGAAAACCGAGACCAGGCCAGCGCACGUGGUUUUGCCUCGCAAUUUCAAGACGACCGAUUACUCGUUGACUGCGUUCAUGGAAGGCGAAGGCUUGGCGGUCUGUGAGCGCAGUGUCGACACGCUGUUGAACCACAUCGAGAAGAACCACCUGUACAUCGAGCACACACUUCAACCGGCGUACACGGCAGGACUGUAUUUCAUCCUCCAGAACGCCGUGGUGCAUGAAGCGCUGCAGAUUAGCGAUGAUCCGGUGGAGAUGUCGUUGGGGUUCUCGGGGAACACCCUCGAUAUGUACGUGCAAGCGUCCAUUCCGACUACAAGUAUGCUGAUCGCCUUUGCCGGCUGCAUUAUCAUGGUACUGGGUACUGUAGUUGUUUUUGUAUUGGGCACACGUGGCGAACAAACACUACGCGAACACAGUUCGGCUGCUAUGGCGGCAGACAUACUGGGAAAUCUGGAGAAGUUCCCACCUUUUUUGCUGCGGUUUGAGCUGCGAGAGUCCGACACGGGAGAAGCUGCAGGGGCUUUAUUGGACGCACUGCAUGUUGAAAGUAUGGUGUUAGUCGACAAGGAAGACCGAAGUCAGCCGUUCGCUAUAGGUAGCGAGGUUUGA